GAGCGGCGAGACUGACCACUGUCCUGUUGCCAGGGAGAGUGGACAUGCUGGUGGCUGGCGCUGGCACCGGGGGAACCAUCACCGGUAUCGCCCGCAAACUGAAGGAGAAAUGUCCGCAGUGCCAGAUUGUCGGUGUUGAUCCGGAAGGUUCCAUCCUGGCGGAGCCGGCACAACUCAACCAGACGGACGUCAGCGGCUACGAGGUGGAGGGGAUUGGUUACGACUUCAUCCCCACCGUCCUGGACCGAUCGGUGGUGGACAAGUGGUACAAGAGCAGUGAUGAACGUUCCUUCCUCAUGGCUCGGGAACUGAUCCGGGAGGAGGGGCUGCUCUGUGGUGGUAGCUCCGGGAGCGCCGUCUCAGUUGCCGUGGAAGCGGCCCGUGGUCUGGCCGCGGGUCAGCGAUGUGUGGUCAUCCUGCCCGACUCCGUCCGCAACUACAUGACCAAGUUCCUCAGCAAUGACUGGAUGGCACAGAAGGGAUUCCAACAGAAACUUCCGGAAGGUGUCCAGCAGCCCUGGUGGUGGCGAGCACGCGUGAAGCAGCUGGACGUCUCGCGGCCGCUGACCCUCCCUCCCUCGCUCUCUGUCCGCAGCACCUUGGACACUCUGCGGCAGCGUGGGUGUGAGCGGGCGGCCGUGCUGUGUGAGGGCGGACAGGUCCUGGGAGUGGUGACCCUCAGCCAUUUGCUUCGCUCUGUCCUGGCUGCCAAGGUUCAACGUGAUGACCCAGUGGACCAAGCUCUCAUCAAGCAAUUUCCACAGGUCGAGGCUGAGGAUGAGCUGGGAGCUGUGGCCGGACGAUUGGACGCUUGCCCCUUCGCUCUGGUCAUGGAUCGCCAGGAAACACCGCCGGUGGUCACUGGUAUCCUGACGCCCGGAGACCUGCUGGAUUUUAUCACACGAGAGAGGGUCGUCUGCUCAGAGUGAGGGUCCCGGCCACAUCUAUACUGGCAGUAGGGAACGCUCUCAUCUAUGGAGUAGAUGACUCUGGAAUAGUCUCAGGUACUGAGGGCUUCCCAUGUGUCUUGUGCUGGCCUGGGACUGUGGCUCCUCCACUGUCUGCCCUCCUGUCUGCUUGCUGUCUGCUGUCUGCGCCUGGGUGCUCCCACAAGUAAAGCGGUGAAAUCUGGCUGUCAGUUGUGAUGUUGCUGACUUCUGCAAUUGUGAUCAGUUACAAACUCUGUAACCCCGAUUUAAUAAACAAUUUGAUUUCCUA